CGGCAAAACCCUCGUCCUGCUGCGGGGCCUGCCCGGCUCCGGGAAGAGCACGCUGGCCAGAUAUCUUUACAGCUACAGCCGCUCUUCCUAUUGGAAAAACAGGAAGAAGAAAGGUGCAUAUAGCCUGGCGUAACCUGCUCAUCAGCAUGCUGCUAUGAGAGCAUACAUCUUGUGGAGGCAAAUCUUGUGCUGGGGCCUUAGCAGAGUGCCGGCCUUCUCCUGCGUGUCUGGAGACGAUGAGGAAUGAGGUAGGGCAGAAGGAGGAUUCGGCCUUCUCAGCGCCAAGGCCCAUACCUCUCCACUGACUUCAUGGUUAAGGAUGAUCUUCCUGGAACUACUUGUUUGUUAGGGGCUCCUACCUUGUCCCUUCUGACUGUUCGUUCACCUGGCAUUGCCACCAGCAGAAGCGCAGAGCAGAAGAAGGCAGUUUGGAGGUACAUCUGUAGCCGCCUCCCUCGGAAGUGUGUGCAGCACCUUCCGCCUCAGCACGUCCUCCCAGCUUCACCGUACAUCUUUCCUGACCAAACUGAGGCAACUGCCAGAAAGACUUGACGCUUGUCUGAGAUGAUGGCACGGGCAUAGUUUCCAAAAAUGUCUCUGAAAAUCAAAUGAGCUGCCUCAAGAGCUGCUGGUUCUGGUCAGGCCAUUUCUCUGCUGCACAGCAGCUGCAUUUCUAGCUCCUUGGCAGUGUGAUACACAACUCGUGUAACACAUGGCCUUCCCUAGCUAGCAGUUUUGUGCAAAUAUGAAGCAUGAUCAAACAACUGGAGCAGACUGUUCAAUUUUCCCUUUGUAUGGUAAUGGAACAACAUAUAACUUUUCAUCUACUGCUGUCAAUUUAUCACUUGAAGUAGGGUCAUUUUUCUGCCCCUUAUGAAGAGUGGAGUGAGCAAUCGUGCAGAACAGAUGACUAGGAAACAGGAAGGAAAAAUCACAUUGGUACUGAGGAAUUGCUGCUUGACGUAAUCUGUGGGUUCUCCAGUUGUCUCCACUGUGUUUGUCCAGCUCCUUCCAGUGCUUCCAGCCCUGCUGCUCUUAGGAGGAUCCUUAAUGUCCCGCACGGCUCCAGCUCGGAUGCAACUGAAACGUGACUACCCCAGCGCUGUAGUUCUUAGCACUGAUGACUUCUUCAAUAGAAACGGUGUGUACGUGUUUGAGCAUGACUUCCUGGAGGACGCGCACAAGUGGAACCAAGCGAGAGCAGACAAAGCAAUGAAGAAUGGGAAAAGCCUGGUUAUUAUUGAUAAUACCAACAUCCAUGCUUGGGAAAUGAAGCCGUAUGUGAUGAUGGCCCGUGAAAAUAGCUAUGAAGUUAUAUUCCGGGAACCAGAUACACCCUGGAAGUUCAAUGUUCAAGAGCUGACAAGAAGAAAUAUUCAUGAUGUCCCUCGACAAAAGAUACAGCGGAUGAAAGAGCAGUACGAGCACGGUGUUACCUUCCACAGCGUUCUUCGGGCUGAAAAGCCGAGCGGGGCCGAGAGGAGCGCCGGGGGCCCCUGGGCAGCUGGCGGCCGGGGGGCCCAGCGCGGCCCCCACACCGCCAGGCUUCCACGCAUGCCACAUACAAACUUCGCACCAGUUAAUUAAGGGGCAGCUUUCAUGUUGUGUUUUAAUUGUCAGGGUAUAAACGUCUUUACUUUUACAUUUUUCUAAAUUAUCUGUAUUUUUCUACUAUAUUUCUACUUUAGACUUUUGUAUCUUACAAGUUUUUAAAUGUUACUAGACAAUAAUUUCACAGGUUUACGUGACUGAGCUAAGCUCACUGCCCUCAGUGCAAACUGUACACCCUGCCUAAUCCUUACUCCACUAAAGUGUAGUCAUGUUUACAGUGAAAUUUGCUAGCUGUGCUCAUCACUUUUUUUUUUCGCUUGCUAUCUGUCACUAAUGGAUAAUACUAGAUAUUCCCAAAUUCUUUCUUUCCUUACAGGCUAUGUGGCCAAGUUCUCCUUUGUGCAGCUGUCUUUUCCUGAUAUUUUGCUACCUUUUAUCUGGUUUAAUGUCUGGAUGUUUCUCAUAGCCCUUUGGCAUUAAGGGAGGAAACCUGAAUCAUUUAUUAAAAAAAAUAAAAAGGGGGCAGCUCUGAAAGAGCGUAACAAGAUUUAACAGUGCUCCCCUGUUCUACAUCAACAUCUCUGCUGCCUUGAUUCACACUUUCCUUGCUUUAGCUUUUACACAGCCACACAGUUUCUCCAGCCUCGUGAAAAGCUUUAAUCAUGAACCAAGCCAAGACUUUUCUUGCCAAGAUUUAGGCUGGCAGAAGAUGCCGAGUUCAGCCAGGCCUGACACAAUGCCACUUACUGAGGCUCUUGAAAGGAGCCACUAGUCUAGUGCUCAGGUAGGAUCAGGGCUACUGAAACAGCUUUAAACAGUUUUAGAGGUUCAAAAUACUUGAAUUAACCUGAAGUACAAAUUCUAUUGAAUACAAAUUCUAUUGCAAAAAUAAUUAUUUAAGAAAGGAGAAGGGAAAAAAAUGUGUAUGUAGGGGGAGAAAUCAGCUCCUUCCAUGACAAAGUGCAGAGAACUCACACAGUGAUGGAUGAACGUAAGAAAGACGCUAUCUUGCACUAGUUUUCUUUUGUCUGUAUCCUUAAAUCACACCAAUUGUUUCCUUAUCAGGAAGCCUCAGGAAGCAAUUUUUAAAACACAACAUGUGAGAGCUGGGCCUCUUCAGCCUGGGGUCAAGAGAAGACUGAGGGGGGAUCUUAUCAAUGUGUACAAGUACCUGAAGGGAGGGUGUCAAGGGGACAGGAACAAACUCUUUUCAGUUGUCCCAUGUGACAGGACAAGAGGCAAUGGGCAGAAAUUGAAGCACAGGAAGUUCUGCCUGAAGGUGCGGGGGAAUUUCUUCCCUGUGAGAGUGACGGAGCACUGGCACAGGUUGCCCAGAGAGGUUGUGGAGUCUCCUUCUCUGGAGAUAUUCAAGGCCCGCCUGGAUGCAACCCUGUUUACCAUGUUCUAGGUGACCCUGCUGAGCGGGGAGGUUGGACUAGAUGAUCUCCAGAGGUCCCUUCCAACCUUACUGAUUCUAUAAUUUGCAAUGGCAAUUUUUUUAAAGUAGGUGUGAAAUAUUAGACAGCAGUUGUAGAAAAGGAUGGUAGUGCUUUAUUUUGCAGUAGGACAUGAAGACAGCUAGCACUAGACACUGAGAAGCGUAGGUAUAGCUGUAACUAAUUAGCAGUUUUAGUGGACAGAGAAAAGAGGCAUAGAGAAAUAUAUCAUCACUGUGCUAAAGCAAAGAUGCUUGUAGGAUGCUGUCAAGUAGUGGACAUAUGGAAUAUUUUUUUUUACUGAAGCAGCAUUUAAAGUAGUAGUGUCUUAAAGGGUCUUCAUCAUAAAUAACUGUGAACAAGGGGGCCUAGGGAACCCGGCUCUGCACUCAGGCUUACAGAAACAUCAGGAGUUGCAUAGUGGAGCCACUUGCACCCCAAAUACCAUUCUCCAGUCCUGCUAUAAUCUUCAGCCACCCCCAGGUCCCCCCCCGGUUGGCAGGGGGAGCUGCUGACCUCCCACGGGAGCAUCUGCCUUUGGCAGGCGCCUGGCAGGAGGCAGCAGGACAGGACAGGCUGACAGCAAAAUCACAGUGGAGGUCGCAGCUCGGCUUGCUAGAGUAGAGAAAGUAGAGUAGUAGAGAAAUUCCAAUUCUGAGAAGUCUUACUUGUAGAACUUAGUAAGAAGGAAGUAAUGAAUAGAAGUACUCACUACAGUGCUUGAAUAUUUUCCUGGCAGAAAGAACUCACAAGUGAUGAAAUUGCAGUAAGAUCAUUCUUUCCAUAAUGUUGCAGCUCAAAGUGCAGUAACUAUGAAUGAGUAGUUUAGAAACAUUGCCCAAGGAUCAAUCUGUUAAUCCAUUUAUGUCACUUUCCUAUUGAACCUUCAUAGUUACAAGUGUUUUCUAAAAUUUUUAGCACUAUGUAUGUAUGUAGAAGUAUUAGGAAAAAACAUUUAUGAUAACUAUACUGAAAUUACAGAGCAGUAUUCCAGAAUUAAAGUGUUAUGUUCUGGUUAUAAUGGAAUUUGGGAAUUGUUUUCACCUAUCCGGCACUCAGUGCUAAACCAGUAGAUGUGGUCCAUGUUUACUCCUGACAGUCAAACAGCUGUUCUAACAGAAGGCAACAAAACUGAUGGUUUUAGACAGAAACAAAAGAUUGUGCUGUAACUUAAGAAUACAGCAGAAUCAAAGCAACGGCUUAUAAAAAUGUCGUUAAACCUUCAGCCACACUAAUGCCUAUUGUAUCAUACAUAGCUGUGGUGUGGGAAAUAUAAUAAAUUGAAGUUGAAUAAUUACACUUUUUGCAGAUGAAAUGCCAGUUAAUCUUUGUUUUUGUAAUAUAUCUUUAUUAAAUAUGAUCAAGAUUUAAUGUAAAGUGUAAAAGUCAUUUGAAUUUGAAAUAUGUACAAUGCUGUACACAUGCAUUUAGUAGCAUUCUUACCUUUUUUGUCUGUGUAGCUUUCUGUGGUCUGUUAAUGAGCUCUCAGCUUCUUUUGUGUCCCUUUGAAAAGCCUCAGCUCCUUCAGCACAGUUUUUUGAAGAGUUAUCCUCAGAAGACUUAAAACUACUUUUUUUUUGUGAAAGAUCAUCAGAUAAAUUAAUAGCUAUUGUACUGCUAUUUUCAUUUACACAGUCAAUCUUCUUCUCUUCUGGUAAAGUAUUUAUGAGUGCUUGUGUAUUAAUCAGUGCAAGUUCUUCAUCUGCAACCAGAUCAUUCUCAGGAAGAUGGACAGCCUCUCUCAGUUUUCUACAGGGGGUGGCAUGACUGAUACUCCAAGUUGUGUCUUUUGGAGACUUGCUUCGCUGAAAACCCAAACUUCGCGGAGGCUGAAAUGCCUUUUUUAAAGAUGGAGAAACAGUUGAACAGAUUGGUGUCAGUGGUGGAGGGGCAGGUAUGCGGCUGAGCAAGUCCAUAGCUUUUCUCUUUUUGCUGUUUUUGGGAUGGUCUUCAUUAGUAGUAGCAGAUGAAGACAUCUUUGCUGAGCCUUGGGGGACAAGUUUCAAAUUCUGUAUGCUAUUUGCCAAAGGGCUCUGAUACCUUACUUCAAUGUUAGGAGAAGAGAUCUGUUUAAAAAAGAAGCAAGUUUUAUUUUAAAUAAAAUAUCCUCCUUUU